UUUAGGUACUGCCGUGUUACUUAGCAUGAUAGCCCAUAUCAGUCUGCCCGCGUAACAUGUCAGAAUCAAAUUCUUCAUCAACCACCGAACCGUUGCGUGCUCGUGGUAGAGGUCGUGGCAAGUCCCGUGGCGGGCUAGGAAAAUACCUCCGCGCACGAGGCCGUGGUCGAGGUGGCCGCCCUGCGGAAUUCAACCAGCGCCUAGUGCUGGAAGGUGAACAGGUUGUCGAUCUCGACCCUGAUUCGGAAGAGGCAAAAGAACUUCAGCAAAAGUACGCACGGCGACACCUUGGAUCUAAUGCCGAUCGUUAUGCGGAGCUCGAGCCUGAACUGGAUUCUGACGGGGAGGAGAUUCAUGAGCCGGAGAUCGAUCUUACGUCAUUUCUUGCGAGACAACGGUUAUCGGACGCGCCGACUGUAGUGGCGGUGGCUCAAGUCGAUGAUGAUGAUAUCGACCAUGAACUUGCGCAUAUCUCGUCUCAUCGUAUCCAACCUCCGACAUCUCAGAAGGGGCGCGUGCAGACAAUUGAGUGGGACGCAGAGCUUGAGGAAAUGAGUCGAGAAAAGGCGGCUGCAGAUGCAAGUCGAGAUCUGAAGACACGAUUCCGUGCAAAGUCGGAAAAGCUUAAAGUAAAGCCUUUGGUUUCACGCGAUAUAAAACAAGGUGACAACUAUUCUGAGGCGCCAGCUCUUCCUAAUGAUACACCGAGGAAGGCGGCCAAAGCGGAGAUGGAAGAUUUUCUUGAUGAUCUUCUCAGCUAAUAACCUGUAUCUUGCACAUGACACUCAUGUUCACGGGAUAUUUCCACGUUGAUUUUCUUCUCGCUCCACGUAGAUGUAUACACGGUCAAAGGUCAUCGACAUCGCCGACUUUUCCGCAUCCAUGUUCUGAAUCCGGAUGUGGUGUGUGCGGGUAGUGUUGAUAUUACGAUUGACCAAAUGCACGUAAAUCAGCCAAGUCGAGAGGCAGUACAGUAAGUAGGGUGUC